AGCGUUUUGCCCACAUUCGGGGCGCGCGGAGCUGGGGGUCCCCGGGGGGCGCCCGCAGUUAAGAUGGCGUCCGUAGCAGAGGGGGACGUGGGAGCCGCGAUGGAGCAGAUGAGGGGGCUGCAGCCGGAUUUCGAGGAGCUGAGCCUUAACAAGUUGGCGACGUCCCUGGGCGCGUCGGAACAGGCGCUGCGGCUCAUCAUCUCCAUCUUCCUGGUCCACUCCAAAAGCAGCCUGGGCGAUCUGAUCCUGUGCCUCUCCUGCUCAGAACCCUUCAGGGGCUUCCACACCUGGCUGGUGAAGAAAUUGAGAUACAAAGAAUGUUACCCCUUGGCUCUGUUUUAUCGGCAUUAUCUUUUCUACAAGGACAGCUACCUCAUCCAUCUCUUCCAUGCUUUUACGGGCCUCUCAAUUGCUUACUUUAACUUUGGAUACCAGUUCUACCACUCCUUGCUAUGUGUUGUGCUUCAGUUCCUCAUCCUUCGACUGAUGGGACGUACUGUCACUGCCGUCCUCACUACCUUUUGCUUCCAGAUGGCCUACCUUCUUGCUGGAUAUUAUUACACAGCCACUGGCAACUACGAUAUCAAGUGGACAAUGCCACAUUGUGUCCUGACAUUGAAGCUGAUUGGUUUGGCUGUUGACUACUUUGACGGAGGGAAAGAUCAGAAUUCCUUGUCCUCUGAGCAACAGAAAUAUGCCAUACGGGGUAUCCCUUCCCUGCUGGAAGUUGCUGGUUUCUCCUACUUCUAUGGGGCCUUCUUGGUAGGGCCCCAGUUCUCAAUGAACCACUACAUGAAGCUGGUGCAGGGACAGCUGACUGACAUACAAGGGAAGAUGCCAAACAGCACCAUACCUGCUCUCAAACGCCUGAGUCUGGGCCUUGUCUACCUGGUGGGCUACACCCUGCUCAGCCCCCACAUCACAGAAGACUAUCUCCUCACUGAAGACUAUGAAAGCCGCCCUUUCUGGUUCCGCUGCAUGUACAUGCUGGUCUGGGGCAAGUUUGUGCUGUACAAAUACGUCACCUGUUGGCUGGUCACAGAAGGAGUGUGUAUUUUGUCGGGGCUGGGCUUCAAUGGCUUUGAAGAAAAUGGAACAGCAAAGUGGGAUGCCUGUGCCAACAUGAAGGUGUGGCUCUUUGAAACAACCCCCCGCUUCAAUGGCACCAUAGCCUCUUUCAACAUCAACACCAAUGCCUGGGUGGCCCGUUACUUCUUCAAACGUCUCAAGUUCCUUGGGAAUAAAGAACUAUCCCAGGGUCUCUCGUUGCUGUUCUUGGCCCUCUGGCAUGGCCUACACUCAGGAUACUUGGUGUGCUUCCAGAUGGAAUUCCUGAUUGUUAUUGUGGAAAAGCAGGCUACCAACCUAAUCCAAGAGAGCCCAACCCUGAGCAGGGUGGCUUCCAUCACUGCCCUCCAGCCCUUCUACUACUUGGUGCAACAGACCAUCCACUGGCUCUUCAUGGGCUACUCAAUGACUGCCUUCUGCCUCUUCACAUGGGACAAAUGGCUUAAGGUAAUUGAAGAAAGCCUGCCAGUCACUGAAAUCUACAGUAGCAAGGGAUACCCCACACAUCUCAUUGGCCUUUGUCUCUCCACAGGUGUACAAAUCCAUCUAUUUUCUUGGCCACGUCUUCUUCCUGAGCCUACUAUUCAUAUUGCCUUAUAUUCACAAAGCAAUGGUGCCAAGGAAAGAGAAGUUAAAAAAAAUGGAAUAAUUUAUUUCCCUGGAGGAAACUGCGAGGGCCACAGACCAGGAACCAGAUAUGACUCCAGCCAGCCUUCCAACUGGACGCCUUGCCUUCCAGGUGGCCUACAUACAGCAGGACUGGUGCAGAAACUACUUGUCUCCCUUUUCACAGCACUCCCUUACCCCACAGCACAGUGAACAGAGAAGCCAGGGAGCUGGAAGCUGCGGCACCCCCAGCUGUGCCUCUGCUGCCAAGUCUUCACCAGGCCAAAGGGGAAGCUCUUGUGGGAGGAGCAGAGGGGACACAACCCCUUUGUGCUCCCCCAUGCACGUUGCCUUAUCUCUCCCCUCUAGCCAGGAAUCUGUUGUGUUCUUCUGCCAAUCUAUUACGAUUGUAUAUGUGCCGAUAUCACCACCCCCCCCAUGGGGGGGAGGGGAGGGUACAAGGCCCUGCCUGCUCCACUUUUUCUAUCUUGGAACUGUACCAGAUAAAAUCACUUCUGUUUGUUCAGUUUUUCACUGCUAGCAUCCCUGACUGCUUUCUUUCAUACAUGGCUCUUCUCUAGUUUACCAUGGCUAAAAUUACUAGCCUCCCUUAGAGCACAGGGAUCUAGAAAAUCAGGAGCCAAAACCUGC